AUGGCCAACAAGACCCCAGUUUCCGCACUUUCCGAAACGGUAACUCGUGAAUAUACCAUACAUCUGCACAAACACGUCCAUGGACAAAGCUUCAAGAAGCGCGCGCCAACCGCCAUAAAAGCAGUGAAGGCCUUUGCUGUGAAGCACAUGGGCACGAAAGACGUGCGCCUUGAUCCCAAGCUAAACAAAGCUCUUUGGGAGAAAGGCAUUCGUAAUGUGCCCCAUCGUGUCCGCGUUCGCCUUGCCCGCCGUCGCAAUGAUGAUGAAAAGGCUACUGAGAAGCUGUACACUCAAGUAACAUAUGUUCCUGUUGCCUCCUUCAAAGGUACAAUAUCAACUUGCUUUUUCUUUAGGUCUGCAAACUGA